CGUUUUAAGAGUUUAGAAAAAAGCAAAAUAUAAAAUGUAGUUUGGUCCAUCGUCGUCCUUGUUGUCUUCCUCUGUUGUUUUAGGGUUCGCAGAGUUUCAAUUUACUCUGAUAACAUCCCAAUUCCUCCCUAUUCUUCAUUUCUACAAAAUCCACAAAUCCAGCCAUAUAUCUGUUCCUUUAUUGUUCUAUUCGAAGUUUCCCUUGGUUUUUCAGGGAAACUUUUUAUUUUGAUUCUUUGUUCUUCUUUUUAUGAUCUUGAAAGAGAUAUCUUAAGCUUAUUGGGGAUCAGGUGUUUUGAGAUGCCUCGAGACUUGUCGCGAUCCCGGUCGCCUCCCUACCGGCGUAGGCAUUCACCAUCUCCUGUUGGACACAGAUAUAGCAGGAGGAGUAGAAGAGAUAGAAGCCGAUCUCCAUAUUCAUCCUAUUCAUAUAGCAGGCGAAAAAGUCGUUCUAUUUCGCCAAGAGGCCACAGAAGUCCUUCUGCAACUCCUUGGCGUCGCAGAAGUCGAUCUCCAACUGCAAAACGAUACAGAAGACAUAGAAGUAGGAGUUCCUCAUUGUCCCCUGCUCAUAAGUCUUCCAGUUCAAGCCUUGGGUCAGUAGAGCAAAAAUCUGCAAUUGAAAAACAACGGAAAGAAGAAGAGAAGAAAAGGCGUCAACAGGAAGCAGAGUUGAAAUUAAUAGAAGAAGAGACUGCGAAGAGGGUUGAAGAAGCUAUUCAUAAGAGAGUUGAGGAAAGCUUGGAUUCUGAUGAGGUCCGGGUGGAGAUUCAAAGGCGGUUGGAAGAGGGAAGAAAGAGACUUAUUGAUGAAGUUGCUGCUCAACUUGAAAAAGAAAAAGAAGCGGCUCUAAUUGAUGCUAAACAGAAAGAGGAACAAGCUCGUAAAGAGAGAGAAGAUCUUGAAAGGAUGCUUGAGGAAAACAGGAGGAAGAUUGAAGAAGCUCAGAGAAGGGAAGCAUUGGAGCAGCAAAGAAGGGAGGAGGAACGAUAUAGAGAGCUAGAAGAGCUACAGAGACAGAAAGAAGAAGCCCUGCGAAGGAAGAAACAAGAGGAGGAGCAAGAACGUUUAAACCAAAUUAAAUUGUUGGGAAAAAACAAAUCCCGUCCAAAAUUGUCAUUUGCUCUUGGAUCCAAAUGACCGUUGGGCAACUAUUUGUCUAGUUUAUUUAAAAGUGUUUGGCUUUAUUCUGUAUUUUGCAUAUGUAGUUUAAGGAAAUUACAAGCCUCCUCGGCUUCAGGGACAGUGUCGUUACUGUUUCAUAUUUGAUUUUCUCAUAGCCACCUAAUUUGGUCCUUGGUUGAUAUUUCACUUCAUUUACUGUGAAAUCAUACUCUCUUAGCACUGAGCAUUCCCAAUGCUAUUUUCAAUAUUGUACUUAUUUUGCA